AUGAAAGUGCUUCUUCUUGUCGUUUUGGGAUUUGUCGCAGUUUUUGCAAAAGAGGAGGAAGUCGAGAAUUUGGCACACGGUGAGUAGAUUUUUUUUAGAUUAUGAACAUAUAAAUAUUGUUGUUUUUUUAAUUCAGGCUUUCCAACUGCUAUUGAAUGGGUUUCAUUCGAUAAAUCUAUUGGAAUCGCAAAAGAUCUCAACAAACCAAUCUUCUUCUUGAUUCACAAAACAUGGUGUGGAGCUUGUAAAGCACUUCAAAGAGAACUCAAAAGCUCUGCAAAAACCGAUGAACUCAUCCUUCUCUCUCGCAAAUUUGUGAUGGUCAAUGUUGAAGAUGAUGAUGAGCCAGAAGAUGCUAAAUAUGCUCCAGAUGGUGGAUAUAUUCCAAGAAUUUUGUUCUUGGAUACCGAUGGAAAUCCAUUGAAAACUAAUAAUGAGCAAAAAUAUAGAAAUAACAAGUAUUUCUAUCCAUUGGCUGCUCAAAUUAUUGAUGGAAUGGAGCGCGCUUUGUUGGAAUUUGCGAGCGAUGAACCAAAAUCUGUUGAAGAGCCACAAGUUGAAGAAACUACCUCUGAAGAAGUUGUUGAGGAAGAAGAAGCUGAGGAAACUGCCGAAGCAAAAGACGAAUUGUAA